AUGAACCCACAAUGUUCUAAAUGUAAAGCAGCAAUGAGGAAAUAUAACUACUCCGUCAAAGAGAUAGAACGUAUGCGAAACGACUAUGCAGAUUUAAAGAAAGAAGCAGAGAAACCAGCAGAAGAUAAAAUGGACAUGUUGACAUUUCUGAACAAAAACUAUCCAACAGCUGACGAUUUCCUUCUAUCUGACGUCAAGAAGAAAUAUAAAGAAACCUUCGGCAUAGUUAAAACUUUUGAUAUCCUUCGUGAAGAAAUAGAAGCUACAAAACUGUUUAAAGUCAUGAACCAUCGCAACAUAUACCAUGUAAAACGCUUGUAA